UCCACAUUGGGAGGGGACAGUUUGAAGACGUGCGACCAGAGACACGGUUUGAGGAAUACUCGGAUUGAUAUGUCAUGUAUUUUUCGUCUGUCUAUGAGCAAGACUACGACCAAGUAAAUUCUAUUUGACUGAUUUAAACAAGCACUUUUUACUAGGGCGAACUCGAUAACGACCUUCAUUCCUUCAUUCAGGUGGAGGUGAAGAGAUUUGUCAGCACACUUGUUGAUUGUUAAAUAUUUUUUAGUAUUAUUAGCCAAUAGCCUAUAGUUGAAUUGAACAGAACAAAUCUAAUGUAUAAGCCAAAAUAUGUAGACAUGUUUUUGUAGCCUAUACUUAUUUUUGUCUCCUUUGGAUUUUUGUAGCUUUUUGACAGUAAUUGUUUUUUCGACUUCAUUCACAUUCCCUUCAACCUACGAUGUUCCCUUGUCCAGUUUAUGUUUUUGAAUAACCUUCAUUCGGAUUUGUACUAUCCACUAGUUGGGACACAAUACCCACCUGUUCCAUUUCGCGGCAAAACUCAUAAAACAGACAUGUCACUGGUAGAGGUCGACGUGGCCGGACUGGGUUUCUCCAAAUUACCUGCUGGGUUCGACGCCAACUCCUGCUUCCCUGCCCGAAUACCACCAAGGCGAAGGAGACACUCGGCAAACGCCAGGAGAAACUCGUACAGGUUGAGCAAAAUAAAUACAUUGGAUUUGGAGCCUCAAGUUUACGAUGAUGCCCCUCUUUCCAAAACUCACUCCUGGUCUGCUGAUGAUAUUUUAGCAGAAACAGCGGCAGAGGAGAAAAAGGUGGACUCAUCAGUGCCAGCCUCACCUGCCUCAAGCCCGGGAACGAGCACGUGCUCACCUCCUUGUACCCAAGCAUCAGACCCCAUACCACCUCUUGAUACCUGGGACACGCCACAGCCCAGCUCGCAAGCACAGGGCACAAGUUCAGAUUCGGAGGAAGAAAUCACUGACAAAAAGGUCAUUUUAUCUCGAACUCCAUUUGAAAGCAAACGCGAGCAAGAGGAAAAGGAUGAAAUUGAGACCAAAGCCGUGGCGACGUCACCUGAUGGAAGGUUCCUAAAAUUCAACAUUGAAAUUGGGAGAGGGUCGUUCAAGACGGUGUAUAAAGGCCUGGAUACGGAGACAACAGUAGAAGUGGCAUGGUGUGAGCUACAGACGCGGAGGCUGACGAAGGUGGAGCGCCAGCGUUUCAGUGAGGAGGUGGAGAUGCUGAAGGGGCUGCAGCACCCCAAUAUCGUCCGCUUCUACGACUCCUGGAAGGACAACUGCAAGGGCCACAAGGUCAUCCUUCUUGUCACCGAGCUCAUGACGUCAGGCACCCUCAAGACGUACCUGAAGAGGUUCAAGGAGAUGAAGCUGAAGCUGCUGCAGCGCUGGAGCCACCAGAUCCUGAAGGGCCUCCACUUCCUCCACACCCGCACCCCGCCCAUCAUCCACAGGGACCUCAAGUGUGACAACAUCUUCAUCACCGGCCCCACAGGAUCCGUCAAGAUCGGCGAUCUGGGCCUGGCCACACUAAAGAGUGCGUCGUUCGCCAAGAGUGUCAUUGGGACUCCUGAGUUCAUGGCUCCAGAGAUGUAUGAGGAGAGGUAUGAUGAGGCGGUGGACGUCUAUGCCUUUGGGAUGUGCAUGCUGGAGAUGACCACGUCUGAGUACCCCUACUCUGAGUGCCAGAACGCUGCCCAGAUCUACCGUAAAGUCACCAGCGGAAUUAAGCCGGACAGCUUCUUCAAAGUAAAAGUCCCUGAGUUGAAAGAGAUCAUAGAGGGAUGCAUCCGCAUAAAUACAGACCAGAGGUACACCAUCCAGGACCUGCUGGAACACACCUUCUUCAAGGAGAACAAUGGCGUCCAUGUUGAGCUGGCGGAGGAGGACGACACGGUGAAGUCUGGCCUGAAGCUGUGGCUGCGUAUGGACGACACCAAGAAGCUGCAUGGGAAGUACAAGGACAACAACGCCAUCGAGUUCCUGUUCGAACUCUACAAGGACGUGCCCGAGGAGGUGGCCCAGGAGAUGGUGGUGCUGGGCUUCGUCUGUGAGGCAGACUACAAGCUGGUGGCCAAAGCCAUCCGGGACCGCGCCACCGCCAUCAAGCGGCAGCGGGAGAAGCAGCGCCGGAUGGCCGAGGAGGCCCUGCGCCAACAACAGGAAGCUGUCAUUGAGGAAGAACCAGAGCUGGCCCCCGAGCCAGAACCGCCCGCCCCCAAACCUCAAAUAGCCCUUCCCAUCAAACCGCCCAACCCCGCCCCUGUCUCGGCGCCCCCUGCCCAGACUCCGCCCACUCCGACGGUGUCGGGGCCGGUGAUGUCCGUGGCUAACGGCUCGGUGGAUUCGGGGAUAAAUGGCAGCUUCACAGCAGAGACGGAGGAGCAGGAGGCAGACCAGCGGCAGCACUACAACAUCAGACACGCAAGCUACUCCUCUGCCACAUCCGACUGCGAGAUGGACGGUUACCUGAGCUCCUCUGGCUUCCAGGAUCCCGGGGAUUCCCCUCUCAAACCUCCUGUUAACUCCGCCCCUUCCUCCACCACUCCUGUUCCAUUGCCUCUGGAGACCCCUCGCAUCGAGACCCUGGCCAUCAAGGCUCCUCCACCUGACGCUCCACCAAUUCCGGCUCUCCGCUUCCCCUCGAGUAUCGCUGUAUCCAACACUACCAUGCCCCAGUCAGGAAACGCCAGUGGUUUCGCUUCUCCUGUCGACAGCUAUGCCUCUGAUGUGACGUCAGGCUUGAGUGAUGGCAAUGAGGGCCUAUCAGAAAAGAGUGCCAACAAACGUACCGGUACCAAGCUCUUCAGGAGGAGAGCCCGCUCACGCCUACGAAUCACUGGGUUGUCUGACAAAGUGGACCGUGUGGUGGAGUGUCAGCUCCAGACUCACAACAGUAAGAUGGUGACCUUUAAGUUUGACCUGGACGGAGACAACCCAGAGGACAUUGCUGCUGUCAUGGUGAGCGCACUGUGUGUGUGUGUGCACGUAUUGUCAGCUCAACUAAUUCUUAUCCACUGAGCUACUGUAAGCACAUCCAGUGUUACAAAACAUCGGGCAUUUUUCAACCAGAACCAUAACGUCCCAGAUAACACAGAAGAACACUAUGCUUGCUCCUUGAGAAUAUAACAUCUAAUUAUCCAAUCAAUGAAAUCGUGUUUACUGUGAAAGGAAGUGAAACUGACCAUGGAUUCCAGCAAGAUCUCUCACAGUUUUGGAAAUAAUGUUGUUUUGCC